GUCCCAUGGAUAUAGCAACAGGUCCCGAGUCGCUGGAGAGGUGCUUCCCCCGUGGGCAGACGGACUGCGCCAAGAUGCUGGACGGCAUCAAGAUGGAGGAGCACGCCCUGCGCCCCGGGCCCGCCACUCUGGGGGUGCUGCUGGGCUCCGACUGCCCGCAUCCCGCCGUGUGCGAGGGCUGCCAGCGGCCCAUCUCUGACCGCUUCCUGAUGCGAGUCAACGAGUCCUCCUGGCACGAGGAGUGUUUGCAGUGCGCUGCGUGUCAGCAAGCCCUCACCACCAGCUGCUACUUCCGGGAUCGGAAACUGUACUGCAAACAAGACUACCAACAGCUCUUCGCAGCCAAGUGCAGCGGCUGCAUGGAGAAGAUAGCCCCCACGGAGUUCGUGAUGCGGGCGCUGGAAUGCGUGUACCACCUGGGCUGCUUCUGCUGCUGCGUGUGUGAACGGCAACUACGCAAGGGCGACGAGUUUGUGCUCAAGGAGGGCCAGCUGCUGUGCAAGGGUGACUACGAGAAGGAAAAGGACCUGCUGAGCUCCGUGAGUCCCGACGAGUCCGACUCUGUGAAGAGCGAGGAUGAGGAUGGGGACAUGAAGCCAGCCAAGGGCCAGGGCAGCCAGAGUAAGGGCAGUGGGGACGACGGGAAGGACCCCCGGAGGCCCAAGCGACCCCGGACCAUCCUCACCACGCAGCAGCGAAGAGCUUUCAAGGCCUCCUUUGAGGUGUCCUCCAAGCCCUGCCGAAAGGUCCGAGAGACGCUGGCAGCAGAGACGGGCCUCAGCGUGCGCGUGGUCCAGGUCUGGUUUCAGAACCAAAGAGCCAAGAUGAAGAAGUUGGCACGGCGGCACCAGCAGCAGCAGGAGCAGCAGAACUCCCAGCGGCUGGGCCAAGAGGUCCUGUCGAGUCGCAUGGAGGGCAUGAUGGCCUCCUACACGCCACUGGCCCCACCGCAACAGCAGAUCGUGGCCAUGGAGCAGAGUCCCUACGGCAGCAGCGACCCCUUCCAGCAGGGCCUCACGCCGCCCCAAAUGCCAGGUGACCACAUGAACCCCUAUGGGAAUGACUCCAUCUUCCACGACAUCGACAGCGAUACCUCCUUAACCAGCCUCAGCGACUGCUUCCUCGGCUCCUCGGAUGUGGGCUCCCUGCAGGCCCGCGUGGGCAACCCCAUCGACCGGCUCUACUCCAUGCAGAGUUCCUACUUCGCCUCCUGAGAGCCAGCCGGCCGCAUGGACGCUUGGGCCAGGGUCCUGGGGUGGGCCUGCGGCCGCCGCGACCACCCCACCACCCGCACAGACUCUACACACAGCCAUACGGUGCCCUUCCCCUGGGCUGGCCGGGCAGGCAGAUGGGCGCAGCCUGGGCAGGGCUGUGUCCUGCCCACAGAGACCGUGUCACCCCAGGGGCCCAGAGUCUUGGAAAGCCACUCGCCUCCCAGUCCCACCUCGGCCUCCAUCUCCUCCUUCUCCCUGCCCGUCUCUUUUUUGGGAAGCUUAAAUUCUCUCUAUUUUUUUAAACGUCUUCUCUGUGUCCAGCCAACCUCCAUGGGUGGGGCCUAGGCCCAGGCGGGGGCCCCCCCGUGCAUGCCCCCAGGAGAUGAUGUUGCGUGCGGUGCCUGUUAGCUAGAGAAGUGUGGGUCCCUGUCCGGGGGGCCGGUGCCCACCUCCCCCACCUCCGAGGGCGGGCCCACCAGUCUGGGUUCACCUGUCCCAGCCCGAACCUGGAAUAGAAGUGGGGAAGAGCCUGGCAGGUGUACCAAGCCCACCUCGGGCUCUGCCCUGAGGGCAGUCCCUGGGGAAGGUAGACUGAGCCUCACUUGCAAACGCACGCACACUCGCACACUCGAAGGCACACCUGGGCGGAUACGCACAGAUACAGAGACCAGCUGAAGAGGCACAGAGGCGCUGUGUGGGCCAGCCCUGCCGUGCCAGGAAGGGGAAAGAGGCCAGACGGGGCAGGGACCCCCUCUGCUUACAGCAACAGGAGAGAAGGAAGGAGGGGAGGGAAGGAGGAGAGAGUUUGAGGCUUGAAACACGGGGCCCCAGGUGUAUCCUGGCAUCAGCCUAAACAGGUGCUGCCUGAGCAGGCAGGGCAGACACAGAUCCCCCAGAACCAGGUAGGACAAAGGGCAGAACUUCCAGGUGGAAAGGAGCCUCACAAGUCACCUAUUGGGCACAUCAUCUGGACUUUGGCUCCCUCUGCCUCUCCUCACAUACCUCCAGCAGGGCGAGGAGGCCGCCGCUUCAUCGGGCCCCGGGUCAGCUGCUGUUUUCUGCUGAUUUUGCCUCUGCCUUUUUUUUGGCCCCAAGUCUUCACUUGUGAAAGCCAGGCUCUUCCAGUUUCUGCAGCUCUUUCUCUUAAAACUGUACCCUCAGCUGGGCUCCAGCUUUCCCUCUAAAGGUGGGACAGAAAUAACCCCAUCUUCUGACUGACAUCGGCCAGCCACCUCCCACGUUAGGUGCCCUGCCUCUGUUAAUAUGGCCCAAAAUGCAGUGAAGAGUUGAGGCCGAGUUACCUGGAAACUCACCCUACCCUUCUGUAAGUGAAUCCCCUGACCCUCACUCACGGGACAGCUAAGCCACACCCCUCUUCUGUGUGUAUUUGGGGGCAGGGGCAUUUCUUGUUCAGACUCGGUGGAAGGACCUUGACUUUUUUUACUUGCUACAUUUUUUCUUAUUGGAUUCAGUCCAGCCUGUGGAGUUUCUCUGCACCCCCAACUGUGUGACCACUGGCUUGCUGUCCCCGCAAUGUCGGGAGCCAGCCCUGUGUUUCCCACCCGAGGCACAGGAACCGCCUGGCCUCCCCCUGUCCCAGUGUCGGCCUGCGACCCAGUCCUCCUGGGGUGACGCGUUCUAGGUCAUUUCCCACCCUGUUUUGUCAGAUGCCCCGCUGGGACAUGGGAGCCAGGGAGACAGCGUGAGCCCCCCGCUGGGACAUGGGAGCCAGGGAGACAGCGUGAGCCCCCACCCCGGAUCCACUAAGCCCUAUCCUGUUAGAAGAGGAAGCGAGGUCAGGCUGAUGGGCCCUGUUCUCGGUGACCCCUUGCUGGUCUCUGGUGGCCACUGUACCCUCCGCCGGGUGCGCAGAGCCCUGCCUUUAAUUCUGAUACCAAGCCCUAGGCCGCCGCCCCGAGACCUGCCCAGUCUAGCCUUGGAGCAAAUAGGACGACAGGGGUAUCUCUGCCUUUGGGCGCCUCUGUCUGACCCUCUCUGGGACCCUCUCAGUUCCCAGCCUGCUCCGUGGUUUUGCUCCUCUGUCCAGUGGGGACCCUUAGGCUGCCCCAGAGCGUCCCGUGCUGUUCCGGAGCUGUCGGCGGGGCCAUGUAGCCCGGCGGCCCCCUCGGCGGGGCGGCCAGACAGUCCUUCCCUGAGCUCCUUGUUCCACACGAGCUCCCACAGGCUCUCGGCUGUCCCGGUUUCCCGCAACCUCAGUCCAUGUGGGCUCUGUGCCAUCCCCGUCCUGGGCCACCAGCGGCCCCUGUAGGCAGCCAGCUGGUUUCUUGAGAGAGGCUCCCUUUCCUCCUCUUGGGCUCACCUGGUCCAAAUCAUGCUGGGGCAUUUGGGGCGGGCCCGGGGCACAACCCCAGCCCCAGGAGCCCCGGUCCUUCUCUCCCAGACUGUUUCAGUUGGAAGGAAGCUCAGAAAUGGGCAUCUGGCCCACUCCCUUUAUUCCCCAGCUGGAAAGCCCGGCUGGGAGAGGGAAGGGAGUGGGGGCACCAUGCCAGCCCCUUCUCUUUGCUGAAUGGCCUCUAGGUCAGGGGUGUGUGAUUUGUCCUAGGAAACUCUUGCCAUCCCCUCCCAUGGUGGCGGGGGGGACACGUCUUCCACUUGGGGGCCUCACAACCUCCCAAGUUUAACCCAGGCUCUGCCCCCACUGUGAGCUGCUCCUUGCAAAGAGCUGGUUCCAGGAUACCCACACUCAUGUCCCAGAGGACGUCCAAGCCAGAGGGAACUCAGACAGCCCCGUGGGCCGGACACGCCUCAUCGGCAAAGCUAGGUCAUUGCUGUGGGCUGCGGCUCACUGCCCGAGGUUCCCGGGCUCCCCGAGAUGCCAGUGUCCUGCCUGUCCAGCCCCGGACUGGUGUGGAGACACAGAUGAACAAGAUGUAGGGCCCACCUCGAGGGGCUUUCUUCUAGGAGAGGCAUCCACACUCCGACCCAGCUCUGUCCAGAUGUGAGUGGUGGACCCACUUCCCGGAUGAGGAACCUGAGGCUCAGAGGAAGGAGGCAAGUGCUCAGGGUGUCCCAGCAGAGGCACUCGGAGGCGGAGGCCGAGUGUGGGCUGAGAUAAGCAGGCUCUUCCCACCUGCUGUGGGAGGAAGUGCAGCCCUGACUUGGGGGCACAGCAGGUAGCCAGGAGCACCUGUCAUCAGUGGUGGCUGGGACAGGAAGCCGAAGGGAAGAAGUCUGGUCCCGAGGAAGAGGCAGGAAGUGUGAGGUGGGCAGGGGGAGUGUUGGAGAAAAACCGAGUUCCGUUUCCCUGCUGGGGAAGGUGAGGCUCAGAGAGGGGAAGGAGUCUGGCCCAGGUAACACAGCAUGAGGGCAGAGGCACGGGAAGGUGGGGGCCUGCCCCCAGCCACAGCCUCGUCAUCUGCUGGCUCCACGGAGCCUCCUGGAGGGCCACGCGGACAGAGGGACGCUGUGUUCCAAAGGUCGGGCCGCAGGGCUAGCAGGGCCUGUAGGAGAGGGCCCCACACCAGGGCACCUUGGGAGGCUUCCUGGGGGCGGGGGCGGGGGGGAGCCCACCGCUGCGGCAGGGCCCACGCCAGGCCAGGCCCCUGUCACCGCCCGGGCACAGGGUGAGGCUGCCUCACCCACGGGGGAGCCUCGGGGGCGGGAGCGGGGGCUGGCCUGAGCUAGGCAUCCCCCGGGUCAGGACCUCACCUCCUGUCCAGGAGGAUCUGGGGCUCGCUCUGCCCUGAGGGGAGGAGGGUCCACAUUCGCACGCGCACACACACUCACACCCGGACGUACACGGAGGCUCGCACACCCACACUCCGGGCACACGAGGCCUGCGGGCUGGGGGAGCAGGGAAGACCCUCCAACGCUUGGCCUUCAGAGGGUGCAGUUUGCAAUGAGCCUGUCUGCCGGCGCCCCCACCCCACCCAGGGCCCCAGGGGGCCCAGCCCGGUGUGGGGACCAGCCACUGGCCAUUCCUCUGUUUUCCUUGUACAGACUCUCACUGCCCACCCGCCAUCCCCAGACACAUUUUAUUUAAUAACUUGUCAUUGUUAAAUUAUUUAUUAGCGUUUACCACAUCACCACCCCCACCCUGCCCUCCACGCUCACCUUCUGCCUCUUCCCACAAAAGCAGAAAAUGCAAACACCAACAAAAGAUGAGACAUCAGUAUAUUUGUAAAUAAACCA